CACAUUUCAUCAGGCACCGAGGGUCCAUUCUAAGCAGAAGGGAUCGCCCAAAAAUCAAGACGCAGAAACAGCCCUGAAAAUAGUUUCUGUAACCGAUGAUUUGGGGAAAAUGGCGUCAGAUUUACUGUUACUUUUGCAAGAUCAGUUAAAUCAACCUGAUGGGAUUGGACGUUGUUCUGAGGAGAAUAUCUGCAUCGAUCAAGAUGAAGAGUUUGAUAACAACCUCUUCGAUGAGCUGGACAAUAUAUUGGAUGCUGAUGACCUGCUUCAUUCCCUGGAGACAUUUAACCAUGAUGGUGACACUGAGGAACUGGACUUUGAUAUUGAUUUUCAUUUUGGGGACUGUAACCCUCUUUAUAUGAAGAGCAGCAGCUGUAACACAGAUGCAGGAAUGGCCAUAGACUCUCUAGCCUCAUGUGCUAGGCCAAGCCCCGUCUCUACCCCCAGCCCAGCGGGGUCUCUGUCUCCCCACAGCCUGCAUGGCGAGAGCCAGGUCCCCCAGUCCCAGAUGUUCCCUGUGUCCAGUAGCUGUUCUGGCGUCACGCCAGAGGACAUGCAGCAGAGACAUACCAAGCGGGCUACCAGAGUCAGAUCCGCAGAACCAUCGAAGCCUCCUGUUCCACUGGCCCCAAAGGUGGCCCUGCCACUUGAGACUGUCAUCAGCGAUAUCCCAGAGCCCCGAGUCACUGCUCCUCUCCAGCCCAAGACCUUUGUGAUCCAUACACUGCAGGCGGCGCCUGUGACCACACUGCCCCCUGUGGCAGCACAGCCGGCCUGCCUGACUGGACAUGCGGUGAUGCUAUCGCAGCCGGCCCAGGUGGUCCAGAUGUGUCCUCAGGUGAUGUCAGCCCCGCCCACGAAUCACAUGCCGGUCCGAGUGGUGACAACACUGGCGACAACCCGUGACCCAGUGGCCCUCCCAGGGGGGCGGGCCUUCCAGGCAGAGACUCCACCCAUUAUGACAUCAUCCUUGCGGAAUCCAGGAACCAGAGAGGAUGCAAGUCGUGUUACUGCAACAAGGCAGCAGCGACUGAUACGAAACCGUGAAUCUGCAUCUCUGUCUCGAAAGAAUAAGAAGGAGUACCUGAUGGGGCUGGAGGCCAGACUCCAGGUGGCGCUGUUUGAGAACGAGAAGCUGAAAACGGAGAAUGGGACCCUGAGGAAGCAGCUUGAGGGUCUUUUGAAUGAGAAUACCACUCUGAGGUCAAGUGCCCCCAAACACCGAAAUCUGUGUCUCUUUGUGGUCCUGCUGUUUCUUGCGCUGAGCGUUGGUCCAAUGAGCCUGCAUCAGGGUGAACAUAUCUCCAAGCUCUCAGGUUCGGCCAGUCCUACUCAUAAUGGUCGACAUCUGUUGGGCUUCUCCACCCCUGAAACAUCUGACACCCCGAGCGACCGUAGCCCUGACAGCUCUGUAUACUCCAUGUCAGAUGAAAAAGCCCCGAUGAUGGUAAAGCGCUUUCCCGCGCCGCCCUGCCAGCCAGCUGUCAACAGAACCAAGUCUCUACAGAUAUCUCAUGAACUUCAUGGGUGGGUCAGUCGACACGAAGAGGAGAGAAUAAGAUGGAUGGAAAGAAAGAUUGAUGGAAGGCAAUUCAGCAUGAAAUCGCCUGAGAAAACAUCAGAUAAGACCAGCGGGGAUGCUAUUCUCUCCAUAAGGUCCCCAGAUUUGUCUGAAAAGAACUCCAGCAAAGACCUUCAGGUGUACUAUGGCCCCAAUGAAAGUUACAGCGAUCUGUUUGAGGAGAUCCAGCGCCGUGACGAAGCAUUCUAUAUUAUCUCUUUCCACAGGGAGCACUUCCUUCUCCCAGCUACCCACCACAACAAAGGAACCAGACCUAAGAUGUCAGUGGUGCUGCCAGCAAUGAAUGAUAGCGUGAUAAAGGACAAUGGACAUGAGGUGAUGAUGCAAAUUGACUGUGAAGUCACAGACACCAGGAUCCUUCACAUGAAGACCUCCAGUGUCCCAUUGUUCCUACGUAUCAAUCAGACUGGUUCCUCCUACCGUACUGGUCCAGCCAAUGGUCAGGCUGCCCCUGGUGUAGGGGUCCUUACGGCUUCUACGUUAUAGAGAAAAAAAUAAAUGUGCUUUGCUAAAAAUAAAAACUUCAGUAUAUUAUUUUUUACUUUAAGUGACACAAGUCUAAAUAUUUCGUUAAUAUGUAUCAAUCAUUACUGUCAUUUUUGUUUCUCGAUCUCCUUAUUUACUUUAUUUUGACAGCUUUUUUGCAAUUAUAUAAACCCAGAGAAUGUUCUCUUAGUAAACUGAAAACUAUUUCAUGUAUCUGAAUAGUCUUUUUUAAAGACAAUAAAUUCUUUGUAAAUUAUUUCCCAGAAUCCCCAUGAACACAGGUGGCUUUGUGCUUAAUGCUUGUUCUUCUCAAUUGCUUUACAUGAAUUCUUGAUACUGUGACCAUUUCAGGUUUGCCAGAGUAUAAUUGGCCCUUUAAGGCAUUUGCGAAAUCCUAAAAAGAUUAUAGCUGUAUCAAACAGGGCAACUUUUUAUAAUGUGGUAACAGACCCUCUUGCCUGGAAAGGCACAAGCCAACACUACAGUUACACAGUGUAAAUACAGGUAUAACAGCACUGACCCUGCAUCUACACAGCAUAUGCAUACCCAGCAUGCUGUUCUUUAAAUUAAUUCUGCCAGUUCAGUUUGAAAUUUCUUAUGUCAGUGAUUUAUUCCUCAGAAUUCACUUCCUGUUUCUCUUCAGUAAAACAAAAACAAAAAACGGUUUUUGCACUAUGUAAAUUAUUCCAUAACUCAUGUCUUUUGCACUGUAAUGUUUGUCCUGUCAUGAAUGUUGCAUUGUGGGAUCAGGGUGAACAUUAUUUCAUUUUACCCACAAAGCAUUUUACUGUAUAUGGCUGAGAUGACAAUAAAGCUUUACUCAACUCGAAUAAGCCAUUCUAGAUCCACAUAGCCAUUCUAGAUCCACAUAGACUGGUUUCUUCAAAUUAAUGAAAUGAUAAGGCCAUAGUAAUUGAGCAAAGAUGAACUGAAAGUGAGGAGAAAGCAGUUGGAAUAUAAAGAUGGAGCCUUAAGGCAUCUGUUUGCCUUUUCUCUUCAGAACAGGUUGCUAUUUCGAGUCCUUUUAGUCUUCAGUACAUGGGAUCAUUUGCACUCUAUGACAUCAGACGAUGUUUAUAAGGGAGCUGGACACCUGAAUGUGUCUAACAAUAUAGGAAUCAUGGGAUUGUGUUGUCUUACAGGUCCAUUUGUGUUUUUUCAAUUUCCAGUGUGACACACUAUUGCACACAUCAUGCAGUGGGCUUAGAUUGUAAUUCCUACCAGAGGUAAACUGAGACAGUGGAUUUGAGAAGUGGACAAAUUCCCUGCAGUGCACAGAUGUUGAACUUGUAAAUCCAUGGUUCCACUGACCUCCAGUCUUAUGAGACUUAUGUAAUCCUUAAAUUCUAUUCAGUGAACAAUUUGAUUUAUCCAAGCAUUACCACAGAAAGCUUGAAAUAUUUUAUGCACAGAAGUUUUAUUUUACUUUAUGUAUUCAAAGUUGGAUUUAUUUGUAGCUUUGAAUUUGUAAUCUGCAAUGUCUAAUUUGAAACUGUUGUAAAGAUCUGCUCAGGAUUAAGUAGAAGAAAUAUUAAUAAAACUUAGUGAAGGUCAAAAUGACAACCAUUAAACUAUUCGCCUUCCCUCACCAUAUCACAUAUCCAGCACGGUCCGCUUCAGCAGCCUUGUACAUCCUGCUGGAAUUUACAGUCCCUUUGUUUUAUCAUUUUUUCCCCAGGAAUAAACAGAGAAAAAAGUCUAACACAACAGAAACAUAUAUAUAGAUUUUUUAUUUCAGAAAUUAAGUGCUUUUGUAAAUGGAUUUUUUUAAAAGUAAUGAGAUUUUCAAUAUAAAUAUGGGUAACACUUUUCUUGAUGGGGCACAUAGUAUUAUGCUAUUAAUUAUGUAUUAAUUAACCAUAAACUAAGUCUUAGUUACAUACUGAUCUCAUGUUAAUUCAUCAUUAAUGAAUUAUGAUGCAUGUUUAAUGAAGUAGUUUCUAUAUUUAAUAUUUGUUAAUUUUGUAAACCUUUGUGAACUACUGAAGGAACUACUGAAGGAACAAUAAUGAAUAAUACAAGUUAAAUACUGAUCUCAUGUUUGUUCAUCAUUAAUGAAUCAUA